CGAGCGUUUGGUCACGAUGAGGAGGCUGGCGUUCGGACAAGAAGAGCCGGCGGAGCUGGGCAUCAUCAGCGUGGCCGAAGGGGUCAUGCUGCUGCUCGCGCGCGGCGGCGGCGGCGGCGAGCCAUCGGCCUCGCCGCGCGUGUUCGAGUGCAAGACGUGCAGCCGUCGGUUCCCGUCGUUCCAGGCGCUGGGCGGGCACCGCGCGAGCCACAAGCGCCCGCGGGCGAGCGAGGCCGCGCCGGCGAAGGCCCGCGCGCACGGGUGCGCGGUGUGCGGCGUCGAGUUCCCGCUCGGGCAGGCGCUGGGGGGACACAUGAGGCGCCACCGCGCCGUGGCCGAGGAGAGGGAGAGCGCCACCGCCGCCACUUCCCGCGGGCUAGCCGAAGCCGAGACGAAGACCGGCCAAGCGAGAGGCCUGCUGGGCCUGGACUUGGACCUGAUCACCUGAACAUUGCCCCCUCAUGACCGAGCAUUCGGGUUUCGUGUUUCUGUCGUUUUUGGCAUGGGUUUGUAAUUCGGAGUUCUUUGAAUUUUAGUACAGAUCAUACAACAUGAACGAUUCAUGUAAAGACUUGUGGAAAAAGAUUGGUUUGUGUACAUUAUUGUAAGAAAAUCAUGCAACUAUUGUAAAAAAAUGGAGCAAAACAUAUAUUUUCACUUUUUCAAUAUGAUUUAUGUGGGUUUUAGUGCAACUCCAUAUCCCUAGGUUAGGCAUACCGCUUUGAAGAUGCUAACUCUAACCCAGAAAAUCCUCGGCUGCAA